AUGCUGCUGUUAUCUUCUAUUCUUCUUGUUGAGAGGUGGUGGUGGUUGUUGUUGUGGUUGUGGUCGUUUACCGGAAUGAGUUCAAGUGCAGCCUUUGAGUUGCCUCAUUUUGGUAAUGGAAAUAGUUGUUUUUCUGUAUGUUAUGGUGGAAACGAUAAGCCUCCUGACUACGAGGAUGAUUGUGUGGAGAAAUGUCCAAGGGGAGUUAUGAUGCUCUUGAAAUUCGUUUCUACUUUUAUUCACGUAUAUCCAAUGGACUUUUGUUUUCUUUUGCAGUACAACAAAGUCUUAGGAAAGGGUGCCAUCAAGACUGCCUACAAGGCAUUUGACCAACUUGAUGGAAUAAAAGUGGCAUGGAACCAAGUGAAAAUCAAUGAUGUGUUGCAUGCACCAGAAGAUCUGGAAAAGUUGUACUCUGAAGUUCAUAUUCUUAGACAAUUGAAACAUGACAAUAUCAUCAAGUCUUAUGAUUCAUGGAUUGAUGAUAAGAAGAAGACUUUUAACAUGAUUACUGAACUUUUUACAUCUGAGAGCCAAGGCAGGCAAACAUUUGAGUCAAAGAAGGUUUCGAAAGAUGUUAUUACUGAGCACAAAUAG